UAUACCUAGGUUCCCGUCUGGAGGUAUUUGUGAUCCAUUUCUACUAGACACGGAAGUCUGGUAAGGGAAAGCAUGUUCUAUUCCGUCCACAACCACUUGGACCAUUUGAAAUUCUUAUGGAGCGUGAGAUGAGUGCCGCGUUACACUUACGACCUCUUUUCUCUUCCUAUAAAUUACUGUUGUCGGGUUUAUUCAGCAUAGGUCUUUAACGGUUUCGUACAUAACAUAAAAUGGAUAAAUUAGUCAAAUUUUUCAAAGAAAAGAAUGCAGACCGAAAGUUCGCCAAAUUGGGAGAAGGCCAUCGCCUUGGUGAUGCCAGUGUUCAACAUUCUGCCUCUACUUCUAAUGCUAAACGUCAGUCGACAUCAUGUCAAAGUACACCACCUUCUUCGAGGUCAGUGGAGGCCGCUAUGUCUAGAAUAGCUAUCACAGAGUCUCGAGGUACUAGUAAUCAAACUGUAAGCUCCACUCAAGAUGAGAAAAAUCUACAACAUAAAUCAGUCGAAGUAGAAAACGAGAGAGAAAUCCAUGCUGAAAAACCCAUAUUUAUUCCAAAGCUUUUAUUUUGGUGCCCUAAUCUUUUUGGUGAUACAGUGGUGGGAAGUCGGGAUGAGAUUGAACAAGCUAUCCAAAAUUAUCUUUUAUCUGGUUCCGUUUGUAAUACUAAUGAGGCCAUAGUGCUAAUGGUUAUCAGAGGAAUAGAGAAAAGUAAACUUCCGUCAUCUUCAAAUAUCCCAUUGUCAGAAUUACCGUCUCUUAGUGAAAUUAAACAGAAUCGUAAACACAAUAUCGUUAGAAUUUUACAAAAUUUAAUUAGUGCACCGGAAAAUCCAGUUUAUCGACGUCUGCGUGCAUCAAAUAAAUUGAUACAGGAUCUUUUGUCUAUCGAUGGAUUAGAAUCUUUUCUCACAUUAUGUAAUUUUAAAAAGAUGAUGUUACCUGCUACACGUCCUAGUGGGCAACAACAAGUCGAAGGUGAUGAUGAAAAACCAACCGUGGGGAAUAACGAAGAUGCAGUUGAAGAGUACAAGGAGGCUUUCUAUGUAAUAUCAGAAGAAGAUGCUAACAAAAGAGAGCAUUUAGAAAAACUGUUGAAUCUAUUUACCAUAGCUGAUCCUAUUCUACCUGAAUUAUAUCGUAAUACCAAAGUGUAUCGAGCUACUGGUCGUACUCUGACGUGUAUUCCGCGUGAUCAUCUUCCUGAUGAGUUUUUCUCCCUAACAAAGGAAGAAUUUCGUAAAUGUUACGAUCAUCAACAUCGAAUUAUAGAAGAAGGUCGUAUGUUACUUACUAAAGCUAUGAGAGAACGAUUAAAAACGCAACAUAUGAAAUCGUUUCGUUACGCUGUUAUUCGUGUUCGGUUCCCGGACAACCUUCUUCUUCAGGGUACAUUUUAUGCUAUGGAUAAAGUUUCAACUGUUCGACAAUGGAUUUCUGAAUGUUUAGCUAAGCCUUAUUUAUUUCGAUUAUAUGCCCCACCAAGCAUUCAAAUAGCCACACUUACGAAUGCGCCUCCGACGGUGCCUGUUGAAUUAACCGAUGAUAAUCUUAGUUUAAGCGAAGUAGGUUUAGCACCUUCCAGUUUAAUCAAUUUGAUUUUCAUUGAUCGUAUACAACAAGAAGCAUCUGGGACUAGCGUUUUACGCUUUGAUUUAAAUCAAUCGGUUGAAGACAUUUAGAGUAUUUUCGUCAUCUAUAUUCCUUCUGUUUCUUUAUUCCACAUCUGCUUAUUACUUUAUACAAGAGAGAGGAUAAUUAUUUAAAUGCUCCUUGUUUUUGCUAUUUCACAUUGUGUUGUCAACUACUUAUUCAGGGACUUACAAAAUACCUUACCAAAUAUGCAUAUAUAUAUAUAUAUAUAUAUAUAUAUAUAUAUAUAUAUAUAUAUAUAUAUAUAUAUCACCUGUUUAAACUGUGAUAUUCAUCCAUCAAAAAGUUUACUAUUUUUUAUUGAAAACUUUUUCCUAUACCCAGCUAGGCAUUUGGUUUGUGUGCGUAUUUAUGUAAUUGUUUGUUCAUUCAUUAUUACUUCAAGAUUAUCUUAAACUUUUUUAUGUGUCGCUAUGACGAUGAAUUAGUCCCAUUCAAUAGAAUGUAAGAUAUAAUUCUCAUCUCACUAACAUCAUAAGAGAAAUAAUUGUCUUGAAAUAUCUACUUUUUAAGUAUCAUUUGAAUUGAUAUUGAUCAUUUUUAACUCGAAGCAGUGUAUAUAUCAUCCCGUUACUGUUGUUUCAGUCAGUC